AUGGAUGUGGAGUCGGAAGAUCUAGUCGAAGCCCAGAAAGAAUUGGUUGCAAUACUUUAUUACUUCGGAAUUCCCUCCAUUCCAUACAUCUAUGCUGCUUGCAUUGGCUUGCUCUUAUGGGGUUACGUGAAUUGGGGCGAAGGGAAUCAGGGGUGCGGGUUAUCGGGUGCCUUGCAGUUUAUUGCAGCCUUCGCCGUCGGACUAGUAGACCUUGUCUUUAUGGUCCUCAGGAUACAUGUCAUCAACGCGCGCAACCGGUUCUGGACGACCGUCAUAAUAGUGCUCGGACUCACAACAGUCCCUCUCAACAUUAUCCUGGUGAUUCGGAAUGAGGAUUUGCCAAUGCCGGAGCCCUUUAUGGGCUGCGGCAACAAGACGAGGGUUUCUAACCUCGGAGAUGACGCUCUAUGGACGAAACGUUGGUCAUCUACGGCCAUGAUCUUCCUUUCGUUUGUGAAACCCGUCAUCGCCACACUGAUCACCUGGUAUCACACCUACGAAGCUGUCCGUGCUUCCAGAGGGUCCCAUAUGCAACCUACAUUCGCCUAUCUUUUGCUCCGCGACGGUGCUACAUGUCCAUUCAAUCACUUACACAAGCCUCCUUCAAGUGCUACAAUUAUCGUCACCGGCAUCCUCGUUUACCUCGAGGUCGUCUUUGAAGCAAUCGUGACGCCGAUAUCCUUCGCAACUAGCUCCAUCUUCUUCUCCCGUUGCAUUCUCCACCUUCGCCUGGCCGAAGCUCCCUCGCCCUCCCUCACCACGAUCUCCGCCCGUCACGCGGAGUCGAUCCAGUUCGCCGCGAGACCCUCGAGGUUCGACAGCUUACUGGACAACAUCGGCGCGCCGCUCAGUGUGGGAGAGGAAGACGCGGACCUUCCGGACGAAGACGCGGACAAGCACGGGAGAGGAUGGGCUUCCGAACACACUGCAGACGGCGAUCUCGACGCGACCUCUGGUGCUUACCAGAAGGUGCGGAGGUCGGACUCGUUCGACGACGACGAUGACGGGAGACCGCGCGUUGUCGCGACUCGGAGCCGUUCCGUUCAAAUGGAUGUCGAGGAAGCAGGCGGACUAUUGCGAGAGAGGCGUUCACCCACGUGUUGA